AUGGCCCAGACAGGGGUUGAUGCCUCCAUUGCUGAGCUCACUCCCGAGCUGAGGGUCGUCAACACUGCAUUUGUGGUGCUCGACAAGCUCGGAGUGCGGACGAUCAAGUCGGGCGCAAAGGUGACGACGUUCAAGGUGGCUGAUGCCACCGGUUCUGUCACGUUUGCGGUGUGGGAUGACGUCGGGAGCAUGCUGGAGCCCGGGGAGAUCUUCAGCCUCCGUGGCGGAUACACCGAGCUCCACGCUGCUAGAGCGGACGGGCGAGUUUGA